UGCUUCCGAAGUCACGCAGGGCCUGGGACUGUCGUAGAGGAUUUUCGUACAACCAAGUCGUUCUAAAAGUUCUACCACUGGCUCCUCGUUGUUUGCAAUAUGUCCGACUUCUUCAAAUCGUCAUCGUCUAGUUCUCCGUCAGACAUGACUGCAAAAAAAGAAGCCGUGAUGAAUGGUGUGCGCUCCGAGAUUGCCCUAGCCAGUGCGCAGGAGCUUAUAAACAAAACAAACGAAAAAUGCUUCGCUAAGUGCGUAACGAAGCCUGGACCCUCCUUGUCUAGCUCGGAGGAGACAUGCCUGUCUCGAUGUCUCGAACGUUACCUGGAAACAUUCAACAUGAUUAGCAAAACCUACAGCGCCCGCUUAAGCAGAGAACGGGAGCAGCGACAACUUAAUCAGAUAUAGUCGGCAUAUUGUAUCCAUACCACCCAUUUCAUUAAUUGUGUUUUCAUGUUAGUCGUUCAUCAAUCUCACCUGCGUGUUAUCAGGGCGGUUCCGUUCUUGACUCUGAAACCACGAGGCUGGCAUGGAGGAUUCAUUACCAUCUACUGUGCAAGCUACGGUGUGCGACAAGGUGUCUUUGUGGUUACAAGUAAGAUAUUAAAUAAUGAUGUAUACCAGCAUUCAGUGAAGGAAGA